AUGGUGGCUGCACGAGGCUUGCAGGAGGUUCUAAAAACAAAUUUGGGCCCCAGAGGGACAAUGAAGAUGCUUGUUUCUGGCGCCGGACUGAUUAAGAUAACAAAGGAUGGUAAUACGCUUCUAGGGGAAAUGCAGAUUCAGCACCCUACUGCGGCGUUGAUAGCCCGCGCAGCUACCGCUAUUGAUGAUAUCACUGGAGAUGGCACCACGAGUACCGUCCUGGUCAUUGGUGAGAUGAUGCGUCAAAGUGAGCGGUACAUUCAGGAUGGUCUACAUCCCCGUAUCCUGACGGAGGGCUUCCGUCUCGCUCGUUGUGAGGCAUUGAAGUUCCUCGAACAGAGCAUUUUAAGGAUUCCUGCAGAGGAGCAACGGGAGUUUCUGACAAAUGUGGCGCGCUCAGUCCUUUCCACAAAAGUGGGGUUGAAUAUGUCGGAGCAACUUGCGGAAGCUGUUGUUGAUGCUGUCCUUGCGAUUGCUCCCAAGGACGGAAAAGAGAUUGAUCUGCACAUGGUUGAGAUUAUGCACAUGAAACAUCGGCUGAGUUCUGACACGAGUUUUGUCAAUGGUGUUGUUUUGGAUCAUGGAGGCCGCAACGACGAUAUGCCAAAGUAUCUGGAGAAUGCGUACAUCUUGACUUGCAAUGUUUCCCUGGAGUAUGAACGAAGCGAGCUCAAUACAGGAUUUUACUUUAAGGACCCUGCGGAGAAGGAACGUAUGGUUGCUGCAGAGCGAAAAGUGACCGACGAUCGCGUUCGGGACAUUAUUGCUCUUAAGAAGCAAGUCUGCACAAAGGAAAACAAACGGUCUUUUGUUGUUAUCAACCAGAAGGGCAUCGACGGCAUCGCACUAGAGAUGCUGUCUAAAGAGGGCAUAUUGGCUCUCCGCCGAGCCAAGCGUCGCAACAUGGAACGACUUGUUUUAGCUUGCGGAGGCGAGGCUGUGAACACGACUGAAAAUCUCACACCUGAGGUGCUUGGAGAGGCUGGCCGAGUUCAGGAGUACACACUUGGGGAUGACAAAUACACCUUUGUGGAGGAUGUAAUUAAGGGCCAGAGCUGUACUCUUGUUGUGAAGGGGCCAAACGAUCAUACAAUUGCCCAGAUAAAGGAUGCCAUCCGCGAUGGUCUUCGAUCAGUCAAGAACGCAUAUGAGAAUGGUGGUGUCAUACCAGGCGCCGGUGCAUUUGAGGUCGCUUUGCACGAUCAUCUGUACCGUUAUGCUGAUACUCUCACAGGUAAACAGAAAAUUGGGGUGCGUGCCUACGCUGACGCCAUGCUUAUAACCCCCAAAACACUUGCGGAGAACUCUGGCCUUGAUGUUCAGCAAUGCCUUAUUACUCUUCAAGAGGCGAGCCGGACAGCACGGGAACAGAACCGCUCUGUAGGCCUUCGUCUCGACACAGGAGGUGUAGUGGACCCCGUUGCAGCUGGUAUACUGGAUAAUGUAAUCGUGAAGAAGAGCAUUUUAGAAACGACGGGUGAUAUCACAGCCCAACUGCUCUUGGUGGAUGAAAUUAUGAAGGCGGGUCGCCGUGGGGCGGGUGGGCCGCCACCACAAUAG